AAAUACAAUGAGAGCCACAAAAGAGAGCCGGCGCCAAUUUCAAUCGGGAUAAGGUCUUCUCCUUCUUCUUCUUCUUCUGCUUCUUCUCCUCUUCACUUCACUCUCCUCCUCCUCAUUCUCCUUCUCCUUCUCCUUUUUCCGGCGAGGGUUUUGAGCUGAGCAGAAGAACGAGCCAGGGAGAGAGAGACGCCGUCAUUCCAUCCCAAGCUUGGGAGUUGAUUGAGCUUCGCCGAUAAACCCUAGCGAUGACUGUCCUCCAAGCUUCUCUCCUCUGCAAAGCCUCAAUGGCUCUCAUAUCUUCUUCUUCUUCAUCCUACUGUCUUUGUCCUUAUUCCAGCUCUCCUUGGAAGCAUCGUUAUCACUUUCUUCCCCCCUGCCGGAGCCGCUCCGCUUCUCUCUCGUUCAGUUCUAAUCCGUCAACUUCACGAAGUCCCCGAUUCCGCUCCCGCGCACGGAUUUCCCCAUUUCGCUGCACAUUGCACUCCGAUAACUUGAAUUUGGACUCCGAAUCCGCAACCAGCCCCUCGGAGCCGGUAAUUGAUGAGCUCAACGGCGAAGUGACGGGGUCCUGUGAGAGGGAGCUCGGAGUUGAGGCGGAGGGUGGCGAGGUCCUGAAGAUUGAGGCGGUGGAGGGAGAGUACGGGGAGCUAGGUGCUGAUAGUGGUGAGAAUCUGGUGGAGAGUAGAGUAGAGGAUGGUAGUUUGGUGGAAAAUGAGGCCUCGAAGAGCAAGAUUCCGGUGAUGGUGUUCCUGACGGGGGUGUGGGCUGUGCUGAAGCGAGGUUACGAGAGGCUUCUGGCGGCGGAUUGGCUGAGUUGGUUGCCGUUUUGGCGGCAAGAGAAGCGGUUGGAGCGGCUUAUAGCAGAGGCUGACGCUAAUCCCAAGGAUGCCGCGAAGCAGAGCGCGCUGUUGGCUGAGCUCAAUAAGCAUAGUCCAGAAUCUGUCAUCAAGCGUUUUGAACAAAGGGAUCACACAGUGGACAGUAGAGGAGUUGCAGAGUAUCUCCGUGCUCUUGUUGUGACCAAUGCAAUUGCUGAGUAUCUUCCAGAUGAGCAGACUGGAAAGACUUCUAGUCUGCCGACCCUGUUACAAGAGUUGAAGCAGCGGGCCUCAGGAAACAUGGAUGAGCCUUUCCUAAACCCUGGCAUCUCUGAGAAGCAACCGCUGCAUGUUGUUAUGGUUGAUCCUAAAGUAUCAAAUAAAUCACGUUUUGCGCAAGAGCUUAUCUCAACCAUCUUGUUCACAAUUGCUGUUGGACUAGUGUGGGUGAUGGGUGCUGCCGCACUCCAGAAGUACAUAGGAAGCUUGGGCGGUAUUGGUGCAUCAGGCGUUGGUUCAAGUUCAUCCUACACCCCAAAGGAGUUGAAUAAGGAAGUCAUGCCUGAGAAGAAUGUUAAAACUUUUAAGGAUGUCAAAGGUUGUGAUGAUGCAAAACAAGAGCUUGAAGAAGUGGUGGAGUAUCUCAAAAACCCAGGAAAAUUUACACGUCUUGGAGGGAAGUUGCCUAAGGGAAUCCUUUUAACUGGAUCACCUGGAACAGGGAAAACUCUUCUUGCCAAGGCCAUUGCUGGAGAAGCUGGUGUUCCUUUCUUCUACAGAGCAGGAUCUGAAUUUGAGGAAAUGUUUGUCGGGGUUGGAGCUCGUCGUGUCAGAUCCUUGUUCCAAGCAGCGAAAAAAAAGGCUCCUUGUAUCAUUUUCAUCGAUGAAAUAGAUGCAGUUGGUUCUACUAGAAAACAAUGGGAAGGUCAUACGAAGAAAACAUUGCAUCAAUUGCUUGUCGAAAUGGAUGGUUUUGAACAAAAUGAGGGAAUUAUACUGAUGGGUGCAACGAAUUUUCCUGAUAUUUUGGAUCCUGCAUUGACAAGGCCUGGUAGAUUUGACCGCCAUAUUGUAGUUCCAAAUCCAGAUGUAAAGGGUCGUCAGGAGAUACUAGAGCUCUAUCUACAAGAUAAGCCAUUGGCUGAUGAUGUGGAUGUUAAAGCAAUAGCUCGUGGUACACCUGGUUUUAAUGGGGCAGAUCUUGCGAAUUUGGUGAAUAUUGCUGCCAUCAAAGCUGCAGUCGACGGAGCAGAUAAACUAGCAUCUACGCAGUUAGAAUUUGCUAAGGAUAGGAUAAUUAUGGGCACCGAGAGGAAAACGAUGUUCAUAUCAGAAGAAUCGAAAAAGCUCACUGCAUAUCAUGAGAGUGGCCAUGCGAUAGUUGCAUUCAAUACUGAUGGGGCACAUCCAAUUCACAAAGCCACAAUUAUGCCCCGUGGAUCAGCUCUUGGAAUGGUCACUCAGCUCCCUUCAAGUGAUGAGACAUCAGUUAGCAAGAAACAAUUAUUAGCCCGACUCGAUGUUUGCAUGGGAGGAAGAGUUGCCGAGGAGCUUAUAUUUGGGCUAGACCAUGUCACGACUGGAGCAAGUAGUGAUCUCCAGACAGCUACCGAGCUAGCACAGUAUAUGGUUUCAAACUGUGGGAUGAGCAAUGCGAUUGGUCCAAUUCAUAUUAAAGAGCGACCUAGUGCAGAGAUGCAAUCUCGUAUCGAUGCCGAAGUGGUGAAGCUACUAAGGGACGCAUAUGACCGCGUGAAGGCUCUGUUGAGGAAGCAUGAGAAGGCUUUACAUGCACUUGCAAAUGCUCUUUUGGAGUAUGAGACCUUAAGCGCAGAAGAAAUAAAGCGCAUACUCCACCCCUAUCGGGAAGGCAGCAUGUCAGAACAACAGGAACAAGAAGAAGAAGCGGGCGACCUCGUGUUGGCAUGAAUAGUUAUUCCUCUUUCUUCUGCUGAGUUAUUGGGGGAGUUGACGGCUGUCCAAUAAACAGAAAGGAAAUAACACACGAGGAAAAUCAGAAUGCCGUAAAAAUUCGCGUUAAAGUCAUUGCCAAGGGCACCAAGCAAGAGAGGGCAGCAUUGCACAGCGUGUAAUUUAGAAGCAUACAGGUAAUUGUUUAUACUUAACACAUCUUGCAAUUCUUUUUCCCCCCCUCAAUGUCUCCCUGUUCAAAAGAUGUACCAUAUCUCCUUCUGCAAUAUUCUUCUGAAGCAGCUCCUCUCUCAUAAAAAUAUCAUCCUAGAGCAAGUAGUUAAUUUCUGUACCAUCAGGGGAUCGGGACAUUCAAUAUGCAGCCGAUCCUGGCAAAAAAUUUUGAACUAUACCCGCUUCUAGUUAAUUUUUUGUUUCGAAACUGCUGUUUAGAGUUAGUACGAUGUUGAUGCCACUGCCGUAUAAUAAACGAAUGGUCAGGAAACUUCCUGGCGUGAUUUUGGUACU